UUAUAUAAGUAAAUUUAAAUAGACAUAUUAUGAAACCUACGCAGGUAUGUCCAUUCACUGCCAGGUGGGGAAUCUGGGCUCUUAGAAUAUUUUAGUGACUAGAGAAAAGAGGGUUUGGGAAGAAAAUAAGGGCCUGGACUUUUGCAGUUGGGUUCUCUGAAGGCUAUCCGGCAACAAGGCUUAUUGGGAAUGACAAUUUUUGUAGGGUUUGGAGUCCAAGAAAGCCGUUUGAGGGGAAUUAGAGUACUUUGGGAUGAAAGUGCAUACUUUUUGCAUAUAAGCUUUAUUUUUGAUCUAAAUUUUCAUAGCAUUUGACCCAUUUGGGCAAUAAACAAACCUUAAGGACUUAUAACAGAGUGAAAUCAGCAAUGGGGUUCAAUAGACCUCUUGAACGGAACUCUAAAUAAUAAGAAGAAUUAUAAAAAGCACAGCGAAUACGUCAAUGAAGAGAUAGUAUACAAAAAUAGGGAAACUGAUUCCAUCGAAAAAGAGCAUAUACUUUCUACUUCCCGUUCAAACUUAAAUAUCAAAGAUCAGGAAUUAAUGAGAGAAUCUCUUAAAGACCCCAGAUUGUCCAAAAAGUUCCCUGCUUCAAAGUCUCGAAAUGAAUUUGGUGAGAAGGUAUCUCUGACCAUAUUUUCCCUGAAAGAUGCAGUUAACAAGACUGGAAGAGGUAUAAAAUCAUCUAGGAUGAGCGGGAAUGGAUCUCAAAUGAGCCUAAUACCUUCAAAAACUAAAAAUCAUUUCAAAAAGCCAAAGAAUUCUGCACUUUAUGAAGCCAGCAUAAACCUUCCAAAAGCAGAAUCUCAAUGCAAACGGUACAAAAAGCAAAUAAAGCCAGUUCUAAGAAAGAGCCAUGAGCGUUCAAAAUCUAAUCUCAAAGCAGUCAGUGAGUCUGUAGUCCAGACUUUUGAUGGGUUUGUUAGGACUCUGAUUAACUUCAAGACUGACCUACUCAGCCUUCAACACAAUGACAGAUACUCCUCAGAGACAGAAAACUUAGUAAAAUUGAUUCAGAAAUAUUUGGAAAAAUGUAACAGAAUCCAAAUGAAAUAGCUCUGUUUCAAAGAACCCCUCAAUUUCAAAAAUAAAGGCUCACGCUGAGAACCCCUCAGCCAUGGAAUACUUUGAGAAUGAUAACUUUGUCGACCUUCUCGAAGAGAAGGACAAAAAGUGUGCUGAAUACGCAUCCAAGUAUAAAAAGGCUAAGCAGGACCGAGAGAAUCUCCUUGAAAGAAUAGCAAUUUUAGAAUCUGAUAACAAAGAAAUGGAGCGGCAGCUUACUAUUAAUAAGAAGCAUGAAGAGAUUGAAACCAUUUUUAGUAAACUAAGCAGCCUGAUACUUUCUUCCAACGUUGAUGUUACUUCUGCCCUAAAGCAUAGUGAGAAGGAGGUGAUUAAUAACCUCCUAGGAGACUCCAAGCAGGCUCCUUUAGUGGACAUAAUGAACACAAAUCCCAGUACAAUUUUGAAGCAGAACACAAGUAUUUUCGAGACUAUUGAGGAUGAAUUCAGCAUUCCCCCAUUCAAACACUCUAAUACCAAUGUGAGUAGCUUUUCCACUUAUAAAGGACAGUCUAUGAAUAGUUGAGGGACUAGGAAGAGGAAUAAAAGAGGCAAGAGAGAACUUCUACAUUGUAAAUCGAUAGAUCUUCUCAAUAACAUCGAAAAGUUGAAUUCCCUUCAAGAUGAUCAGAUGAGUACGAAUGAUGGCAAGCCAGGAUGCCGUAAGAAAAAGGUCAGAAUUAAUGAUCUUUACAGCAUUAUUCACUGACAAGCAAAGUUAAUGGAGGAGAACUAUUUGGUAUAAUUUUUCAAUCCCA